AUGAUCGAAGCACUUAAUGACGUUGGCGUCAAUUUCGCAUGUCUUGGUAACCAUGAGCUGGACUUCGGAGUUCCGCAUUUUCAAAAGCUCGCGGAGAAGUGUAAUUUCCCUUGGCUCUGCGCAAACGUUCUGGACCCUGCGCUCGGAGAAGAAGUGCCUCUAGGGCGCUGCAGUAAAACAGCCAUAGUCGAGAUGAACGGUAUCAGGAUCGGUCUGAUCGGACUCGUUGAACAGGAAUGGUUGGCAACCAUCAAUGUGCUGCCACCGAACCUCAUCUAUCGCUCCGCCUCUGCAACGGCUCGAGAACUUGUGCCAUUGCUACGAGAUCAAGGGGCAGACUUCAUCAUUGCGCUCACACAUCAACGAGAGCCUAACGAUGUCCGACUAGCGCAAGAGUGUGGCGGCCUGAUUGAUUUGAUCCUGGCUGGGCAUGACCACUUCUAUCGUGAUUCCCUUGUGAACGGUGUACGCAUAGUGCGGAGCGGCACCGAUUUCAAGAAUCUUAGCUACAUUGAAGCACGAAGAGGUACCCCAAGCGCAGCAAGGGGCAAAAUCUGGGAGAUCGAUGUUGUAAAGGAAGACAUUACGGCCGAUGUACCUGAAGAUCCUGAGAUGAAGGCAUGGGUUGAAACCGUGUCCUCAACUCUGCGUGCACAGCUAGAGCAACCGGUUGGUACUACGGUAGUGGAUUUGGAUGCACGCUUCACAACUGUGCGUCGAAUGGAGAGCAAUUGGGGAAACUUCAUCGCCGACGCUAUGCGUCAAGCCUAUGGCGCUGACUGUUGCAUCAUUAGCUCUGGUACUAUUCGUGGGGAUCAAGUGUACCCUGCUGGUGUGAUUACCAUGAGGGAUAUUCGUAACUGCCUUCCGUUCGAAGAUCCAACAGUCGUAGUCCGCGUGACUGGACAAGCUAUAUGGCUGGCUCUUGAGAACUCAGUCAGUCUAUAUCCCGCAUUGGAAGGCCGCUUUCCCCAAGUUUCUGGCAUUACGUUUGAUUUCGACCCAUCCAUGCCGCCUUUUCAACGCGUGAAGUCUGCAUGCAUUGGAGGUCUACCGAUGGACCUGGAAAGGACUUAUCUAUUGGCAAGUCGGGACUACAUGGUGCGUGGCAAAGACGGGUACACCUCCCUGGUGUCCGAUGACGUUGAGGUAGUGGUUGGUCCUGAAGAAGGAGAUCGAAUCUACAAAAUAGUGCUGGAGGCUUUCAGUCGAUUGACAGCAUUGCCGUUUCAGGCACCACUGCAACAUGCUGCUGGAGAUGAUGCUAGGAGCCGUGUUUCGCAGAAACUUACAGUAAAUGGUGCCAUUGCUCCAACUCUUGAGGGAAGGAUCGCCGUCAUAUAG